AUGACGAAUCCAACCGCGGCCAUGUCAGCCACGACGACCCUGGCGGGAAGUCGGGCCCCUUCCGCUCACCUGGUGCCUCUCGACCACUCGGAAGCAUGUGAAAAAGAGAGCAGCACGACCAACACCGAGCCCGAAAUCAAGGAUAAGGAGCAACUGGGUCCUGUGACGGACGGGAACGAAACACCAAGCAUCGCUGAACGAUAUCCCGAUAAUGUCGUCGGGUGGGACGGGCCGGACGACCCCGAGUGUCCCAGGAAUUGGUCGAAUACCAAAAAGUUCUUCUUCGUGGUCGUCACGUCCUCGGUCAUUUCGGCCGUGUCGUUUGGGUCGAGCGUCUUCGGUCCGGCCGCCAAAGUAACGGCCGCCGAGUUUGACGUGCCCGUCAUUGUCAUGCGCUUGGCCGUGGCGCUCUGGAUAUUGGGGUUCUUUACGGGGCCCAUCUUCUUUGGGCCAAUGUCCGAGCUGUUUGGUCAUGUUGUCGUCUUCUUCACAUGUGUUGUUGGACUGUCCAUCUUCCAAAUUCCCGUAGCCGUGGCUGAAAAUGUGCAGACGAUUCUUGUCUGCCGAUUCUUUUCUGGCGUGUUUGGAAGUGCGGCGUUUGCGGUCGUGUCAGGCAUGUAUGUCGAGCUAUAUGAGCCAAUCCCACGAGGCGUGGCUCUAGGCAUGUCGUCAAUAUGUAUCAAUCUUGGAGCGACAAUUGCUCCCAUUGCCGGUGCGUAUCUUACCAGCGGCGACGGCUCGGAAUGGCGGUGGACGGCCUGGGCGACGCUCAUCAUCAUGGUCACCUUUGGCAUCGCUGCCAUAUUUGGCGUGCACGAGUCUUCCUCGCGCAUGAUCUUGCGGAACAAGGCCAAGCGUCUUCGUUUCGAGACCAAGAACUGGGCUCUGCACGCCAAGUCUGAAGAGACUCGUGUCGACAUGCAUGAUAUCAUUCAUCGAUAUCUGACCAAGCCGAUGCGCAUGUUUGUCACGGAGCCCAUCCUCAUUAUAUUCACUGUAUACUUGACCUUGGUGUACGGUACGCUCUACCUAUCCUUCCAGGCCUUCCCGAUCGCCUUUCAGCAAAGAGGUUGGUCUGCCCAGCACAGCUCAUUGCCGUUUAUCGCCGUCAUGUGCGGCAUCAUCUCGGCUUGGGGUAUCCAGUCCAUCUUUACAGUGACCUGGUACAAGAGCCGUGUCACGAGACUCAAGGGUGCCGCCCCGCCACCAGAAUUCCGACUGCCGCCGAUGAUGGCCGGGGCCGUCAUACUCCCGCCCUCGCUGUUGUGGUUCGGCUGGUCCGGCAAUGUCCACCCAGCUUCGCAGAUUAUCGCGAGCUUCUUUAUCGGCCUGGGUCUCAUGCUGAUCUUUGUGCCCGGCAUCUCCUACAUUGUUGACGUCUACGGCUUCCACUCCAACUCGGCCAUGUCCAUCCACGUCGUCGUGCGAAGUCUAAUCGCCUGCUCGUUCCCAAUGUUUGCAACCAUCAUGUACGACCAGCUCGGCGUGGCGUGGGCCUCGUCGCUGCUUGCGUUCCUUUGCAUUGCUUUGGCGCCGGCGCCGGCUUUAUUCUGGAUAUAUGGUAAAAAGAUUCGGAGUUGGUCAACCUUUGCUUUUGAUUAA